AAUAUCUUAGUCAAGUAUAACCAUGUCUUUCAUAUCAACUUCCUGAUAGACAAACGUAUGGGGAAAUGGAAGAAAACAAUACUCAGAUGAAGUUACUCUAAGCUAAAUGAAAAGGUUAUGGCAAGCAGUGAACCUAUACCAUGUGGACCUUGUCAAGAAGGACAAUUAAAGACCAAAGCUGACAUCUGGUGUUACAACUGUGAUGAAGGAUUAUGCUCAACAUGUUCAGGUCACCACAAAAGAUUCAAAGGAACCUGUGAUCACAAAACUGUUGAUAUUAAAAGUUAUAAACCAUCAAUCCACGCUAUCAAAACAGAAUGUGAUAAACAUGGUCAACAGCUCAUAUUGUACUGUCCCAGACAUGCAAAGCCUUGUUGUGAUGAAUGUAUAUCCGAGAUUCAUUCAAAAUGUACUGGAAUAAAAAGUUUCGCAAGCGUGGUGGAGAAAACAAUAAUUGAAAAAUCCAAAGAAUCUGUAGAGCGAGAUAUCAACUCCAUAUUACAUAUCUUAGAUAAAAUAUUAAAUAACAAAUCAACAAACAUCAAAAUUAGAGAAAAACAAUAUGAAGGCACAAAGGAAUCAAUGGUUAAAUUACGAAUUAGAAUGAAUAAAUAUUUGGACUGCUUGGAGGAGAAAUUCGACAAAGAAACUGACAAUCUCUGGGAUAAGGAGAAAUCAGCAGCAAAAGAUUUUAUUUCUGAAGUUGAAGGGAAGAAGAAAACAUUAAAAGAAAUAAAAGAACAUUUGCAUAUAGUUACAACAAAUAGUUCAAAAAAUCACUCAGUUCUAGGUGUACAUCAGCUAGAACAACAAAUACAUCAAUAUCAACAAUAUGUUGAUGAUCUAGAAAACGACGACAGGGCUAAAGAAUUUUAUAUCACAAUGACCCAAAAUGAUGACAUAAAAAAAAUAGUAGAUCAGUUAGGAUUAUUAAAAUCAAUAGGAGAAGUAACAGUUGUCACAACACAAUCAGGCCUGACCAGAGUAUCAAGAGUGAGGAUGAAAGCAGAAGUAGAAUCACAAGAACAAUUCAACAUAAGCAACAUGACAAUGAAUAUUCAAGCAUCGAUAGAGGUCAACAUUGGGAUUAUAAGGGACAUGGUUUGUCUGAUGGAUGGAAAAGUAAUAGUAGUGGUGGACGAGGUUGAUAAAGUUGAUCUUUUCAAUUCUGAUGGUAAACUUGAGAAACAAUUACCUCUUUCUGGUGAUGCAUGGGAUGUUACACAAAUCAACCAAAACACUAUUGCAAUAACUUAUCCUAGAGAGACAGCAAUUAAGAUCUUCAAUAUGGAAAAUGAAACAGUUACCAAAGUUAUCCCAUUAGAUAAAGUAUGCAAAGGUUUAUCAUUCUCUAAUAACUCCCUGGCUGUUGGUUUGAAUGUGAAUGAUGACCGCGAAAUCCGUAUUGUAGACUUGAAGGGAUAUAUACUGCAGUCAAUACAAGUUCAGAGUAAAUCAUUCCUGGAUGACAUUGUCUACUGUAUUGACAGAAUUAUCUUUACUGACUAUGUUGGCAAAGCAGUAAACUGUUUUGAUAUAUCAGGUCAACAGUUGUGGCAAUGCUCAAAAGAUUUAACAUCACCAUGGGGACUUUGCACAGAUACCUAUGAUAAUAUUUGUGUAGCAGACAACAACUCGGAUAGCGUAAUAGUGAUAUCAAAAGAUGGAAAGAAUAGUAAAGUACUGAUUAGCAAAGAGGAUGGACUGGAGGAUGGACUGAUGAAUCCAAUGUGUAUUUGUUUCAAACAAAAUGAGUCUUUUGGUUUUAUUUGUAAUGGCAUACACUUGACAAAAUACAGUUUAUCUUGGAAAUAGAAUAUAAAGACAACAUACACCAUGUAGUGUACAGUAUGCAAUAUAUAAUAUAAAACUUAUAUACACAAUAAAGCAAACUAUUAAAGAAUUUCAAGCUAAUAUUAUCCUAAACAAGAGCGUGUACACACAGAUUUUGAUUGCCUGCUUUACUUAUUGGUUACAUGUUGACAGUAUAUUGAUUGGCUCUCAAUAAUGACGACUUCAGUAUGUAAACCAAAGGGUUUUUUUCCUGGCAAACUGACUGUAAAUAAAGCUAACUAACUGCUAACUAUGAACAGUGCUUUUUCCUGGAUCUUGAUAUUUAUAUCUUUAAAGGGAAGCUUUAUUUCAAAAUGUAUGACGAAAAGAUGAUUUUUCAUUUCCUAUUGUUAAGUUAUCCAUUUUUGAUGUUGAAGUUCCCUUGUAACCAUCGUAUGGUGUUUUUAUAUCUCAACUUGUUCGAUUCCUGGUGUAUGUAACAACGUAUUUAAUUCUGAAGAAAGAAAUAUCUGUAUUACUGAAAAAAUAUUACACAAGGGUUUUCAAUUACAAACUAGUCAAAAUAUUUACUAAGUUUUAUCAUCGGCACAAGGCUAUCAUUCAUAAAUAUAAGUCUUAUACGUUCAAGUAUUUCAAAACCAAUCUGUUAAUGAAAAAUUCUUUACAAAGCACAAAAAUGUCGGCAUUCACCUCAAAAGCUACGUAAACUUUUAAACAGACUUAUUUAGAAGGGAUACUGUUCUAAGGUCAUUAAAGACGGCAUGUUUUGGCAUUAAUAUUGAUUCACUCAUAGGGUCUUUGCAUCGGAAAUAAACAAAUUAUUCUUAAACCAGUUGUUGGCAUGAUACGGAUUAUGUUCUUUCCGUAUGUGUUAUGAUGGUAUGAUACUUAACUGCUAACGGGAGGGAUUGUGUUUUGUUGUCAUAUGAUGAAGACAUUAUAUUCCAAUCAGU